UCUCGGCUCUGAGCUGGGAGUAACAACAAGCUCUCCUCGCUCUGCUCCGUCUCUCCGGGGCGCGGCGCGGAUAUAUAACCGGGGCCAAGCGGGCGCGGCACUUGCACAAACUCAUCAUCCAGCUGAAACACACGCACCGGUAGCUAGUCCGGCGGAUUAGCCAUCGGCAUCCGGUUCUCCGCUCUCGAUUCCCACCACCGCACACCUGUGGAUCGAUCUGUAGCUGGCCCCGAACCCCGGGCAUGGACCACCACGUUGCGAUCCUGGCGGUCGACCAGGAAGGGAUGGAGAAGCAGAAGCAGAAGCAGCAGCAGCUCGUGUGCGAGCGCGGGCGGCGCAUCAAGGCGGCCGCGGAGCUCGGGCUGGCGCGGUCGUCGCGCGGCCGGCAGUGGGGCCGAGCGCUGGGGCGCCGCGCCCUGGCCGUGGCCUCAGCGAAGGAUCCCUACUCCUUCGAGCCGGUGACGGCGCCGACGACGGGCGAGCACCAGGCGCAGAAGAAGGCGGCGUCGCCGGAGGAAGAGGAGGAGGAGGAGGAAGAGGUGGAGGAGAAGGUGGCGCUGCUGCGGCAGCUGGUGCCGGGCGGCGAGGACAUGGCGGUGGAGGGCCUGCUGGAGGAGACGGCCGACUACAUCGCGGCGCUCAAGGCGCAGGUCGGCGUCAUGCGCGCGCUCGCCUGCCUGCUGUCCGGCUCCGGCCUCGACGAGCUGACGGAGAAGCCUGCCGGCCUCCUCACGCCGGAGAAGUCUCGGUGUCAGUGAGAACGAGCGCGCGGGUCCUUCCUGGCCUGGGCUUUUCCUCCUCUUUUCGAGUAGUGAUCUGAUCGAGCUUCCUCACCGGGUUCCAUUCCGCAUCUGUGCAAGUCGUUGGCAACAGCCAGUAGUCGCCACUGGGCCAGACGCCGGAGGCCAGUGCAACACAUUUUCGUUGCGUUGCUUCAAUUCGAAGCAGCACAUUUCGUUGUGUUCCUAGCGGAAAAUGUUACAGCAUUUUUGUACGAGGGGGUGGAGAGAAAGGAGCCAUGGAUCGAGCACGCUGGUCCUAGCGAACUAGGCUAGGCAUCAGUUGAUCGGAGGCUCGCUCGGGCCAGGUGGCUCCUGUAAAUAUUAUGAAUUGCAGGAGUACUUUUUUUUUCCA